AUGAGGGCCAGAGCCAGAGGAAGUAGCACGCUGCCUCUGCAGCAGGCCGAAUUCGACGCCCUACCCUAUUCAGUCCAGAGAAAGUACUUUUCAUCCCUGGAACGCCUGCAGAUCCAGCACCAGGCUACUCAGGCCGCCGCCGCCGCUGCUGCUGCUGCUACUGCUGACGAGCCCACUACUUCUGGCCGUUCCUCGCGGGCCAGCUCGUCCACCCCAUUCCGCCCUCCAGUCACUCUCUCGAUACGACACCGACGACACCGACGACAGAAGUCGGCCAGACUCGCCUCUUCAUCUGCCUCUGCGUCUGUGCCCCCUUGUACUUCUGCUUCUGCCUCUGCUCUUAGCUUUGCCUCUGCAUCUGCAUUUGCCUCUGCCUCUGCUGCCGACAUUCUCUUCUAUCUUUCACUCCCUGAAAAGGUGCGGAAACAGCACUUUUCGCGGGAAGAACAGUUGUUCCUGCAGCAAUUCGCCAAAUCCAAACAUUCGUUCCCCCAAGACGAACACGAGGCUGAGCGGGCCCAACAACGCUUCGCCGACUUUCACUUUGACUUCACCCAAACACUAUCAUCAUCAUCCUCGUCUUCGUCGUCGUCACCCUGCCCUCCUGCUGCCGAUCGAGGACGCUCUCGACGGCCAUCGACUGCCUCGGCGUCUUCCACCAUUAGCCGCAGCUCCAGUCGCUCUUCAUUCUACCUCCCUAUUGAGAAAAAGAAGCAUCACCGCCGGGCCAGCAGCCUUGCACACCUCGACAUGAUGAACACGCCCAGCUUCGCCACCAAAGAUUCCCCCCCUUUUAGACGGACCAUGUCACUCACCGCUGCCUCCUUUCGUCAUCCAUCUUCGGCUUCUCCCACCAUGUUCAUCGCAGACCCGCCAUCACCGUUCGCCUUCGGUCCGAACGCACGACAUCAGCGUGCACACUCCUCAACCCUGUCCCUCGCAGGGCUAAGAUUUUCACAGGCCCCAACACCGCCCCUCUUCGACCCUGAAGCUACCCACUACCAGGAUCCAGAGGCACGGAAGAAACUGCGCAUGUACUUGGCCUCGCCGCAAAAGUUUGAUGAAGCGAUUGAGUUUGGCUUUCCUUCAACUACCGGCAACGACUCACCAGGUCCGCACUACCAGCUUCCGCAGAUUGACAACCACGCGAGGAAGUUUAGCAGAGACAUGCAUACCUUUUUGCGAGACGGCAAACUCUCGUUCCUCGAGGAUAGCACCUCGACCGACAAUCAGGGUCUCGAGUCGUCCGACUGCGACUCGGUAGCCGACCUCGACUCGCCCGCCACGCCUUGCAGCACAGGACUCUCGUUCCGUCUGCACUCGCGCCAGCUCUCGCAUGGCAAGUUUCCGAUCGAUUCACCCAUGGCCUCACCUGCCCUCUCCGGGGCCGGCCAGAUGAACCGAGAGAUGACGCUCCGGAUGACGCUGACUCGGCCCGAUCUACGCGCCGAUGAGGACCAAUUGUACGGCUGGCAGCAGCAGGGCUCGUCCAGUCCAAAGUCGACGUCUGUCAAGGACGAUCCGCUCGCGCUCGAAGAUCUGGUGUUCACGGACGAUAACACUGGUGCCAAGGGCGCCUUUUAUGUUAAACCCAAGCCUCGCGGUAACCUUGUUUCUCGUAUCUUGAAGCGCGCGAGUCUAAAGACCAAGUGA